CUCUAGCAGACAGCAUAUAUGGAAUAUAUAUAUGCCACACUAUAAAAUGGCCCUACUUUCAUGGGAACCUGUGACCCAUUGAAUUGGGCAUUAUUAAAACUAAUGCUUCGCCGAAGUGUCUUGAACAAAACGAACCAUUUGAGCGACGCAUUCGCUUUCCACAAACAAUCACAUCGUGGAACAGGAGUCUCAAAACGUAUUUUUUUACAGAGUACAAGAAUGGCUUCGUCAGGAGCCGGCACUGGUGGCAGCUUUCAGCCUAUUCGACAAGGGCAGGCUCAGCAACAGCCAGGAUAUGAGAAGCACAUGACUCCAACCAGUGAGGCAACCAAACUAGAGUCUGAAGGCCGAUUCGUGGAAUAUGUUGGUUCCAACAAGCUCAAGGGCAAGAAAGCUUUGAUAACUGGCGGAGAUUCUGGAAUUGGUCGAUCAGUCGCUAUUCUCAUGGCUCGGGAAGGAGCUGAUGUAACGAUCGUAUUUCUUCCGGAAGAACAGGAGGACGCAAAUGACACAAAGAAAGCGGUAGAACGGGAAGGGAAGAAGUGCUUGCUCGUCCCCGGAAAUUUGAUGAAUAACGACAACUGCAAGAAGGCGGUGGAUGAGCAUGUGAGCGCAUACGAUCGAGUCGAUGUUCUGGUUAACAACGCUUCAAAGCAGAUCAUGUGCAAAGAUUUUGCUCAGAUCGACCUAGACAACGUUGCCAGCACAUUUCAGAGCAAUAUUUUACAGAUGUUUGCCAUUACUAAGUUUGCAAUUCCGCAUAUGAAGAAAGGAAGCUCUGUCAUCAAUACAACCUCGGUUGUAGCAUUUAGAGGGUCAUCCUCUAUGGUUGACUAUUCCUCGACAAAAGGAGCUAUUGUAAGCUUCACCAGAGCCCUAGCAAAGAAUUUAGCUCCAAAGGGUAUUCGUGUGAAUGCUGUAGCACCUGGUCCUGUGCACACCCCCAUCCAGCCAGCCUCUCGGCCUCCCGAACAAAUGGAAGGCUUUGGGUCCGGUUCCAUGAUCGGGAGACCAGGCCAACCGAGUGAAAUUGCUCCAACUUUCAUAUGGCUGGCAAGCAAUGAAGGUGCUCUGUACUAUGGUCAAAUUAUGCACCCCUAUGCACUUGGGGAUUAAAUAACUUGUACGCUUAGGAUGACAGCUAUUCACUGUGCUCAUUAGAUGGUAUAGUCAUGUAUGAUUGGAAAAGGAUAUGCCUUGAGAAAAGUCAGUCAAAUCUCGAGUGUGUUUCGCUUCAACACAGGGCCGAAACAUAGCACAAAGGGCGUUUUAAGUAUGAUCGAGAAUAUGAACAUCUACAAAGACGUUGCUCCAAAAAGUUAC